AUGCUGCACUUGUGGAGAUACCUGUAUAUCGCAAUUGGGCUCAUUACUGUUGAAUAUGAGGAGAUGCAGUCAAAGACCAACUGUCUAUUACAGCUUCUGGAGUCUGAAACCAAGCAAUUAGAAGCCUUUCUGGAGUGGAAGCAACUGGAACCAGUUUAUUGGCAGUGGAUGGAAACUGUGUUAGAUAAUAUGGCUGAAGAGGGAAUUAUGUGCGAGUCCCAGGACGUUCACAUAGAGAAAGGCAGGCUGCCGAAGGUGACCUUGUGCUGCCCCUGGGCUGACAGUCUGACUGGGCAAAUUGACAGAUUAUCCAGAGAUCUAACAACUCUACGUGACCAAUUGCAUAAGCUUAUAACUCACCGAAGGGCUGUGUGGUGUGAGAAGGUGAAAACAAGAGAGGAAGAACUACAGAAGGAGGGGUUCUCUGCCACUGCUAGAAAGAUACAGGAAAGUGUUGAACUAAAACUGCUAGAUCUUAGGUAUCUUUGUGCUCCAAAAAAAAAUAAAAUGCACGGUUCGUGCAGACUGGUGUUCAGAAGCAAACAUCCUGCCAGCAAAACGGUCUUCGGUAGGUCUGUAUCCAAGGAGCCUUUUUCAGCUGUCAGCGCUACAGAGGUGAUCAGAGAACUGCAGAUGAGAGAGGCCAGCCUGGAGAGAGAGCUGAAGCAGCUGCGGGAAGAGUGCAGGCAGAGGAUGGAUGAAAUUGCGGAAGGGUUGGAUGGAGUGAUUUGUAUCUCCCCUUGA